UUGAAUACAUGAUUUUAGCCACCAUCAUAGCCAACUGCAUCGUCCUGGCCCUGGAGCAGCACCUCCCCGAUGACGACAAGACCCCGAUGUCUGAGCGACUGGAUGACACAGAACCAUACUUCAUUGGAAUUUUUUGUUUCGAGGCUGGAAUUAAGAUCAUCGCCCUUGGGUUUGCCUUCCACAAAGGCUCUUACUUGAGGAACGGUUGGAACGUGAUGGACUUCGUGGUGGUGCUAACAGGGUAA